AUGGCAGAAGUGGACGGAUGGAAGAUCUGUGGAAUGCUGCCUUCUGAACAGCUACUGUCUCACGUUCUGAUGGAAGUCAAGAACAUCUCAGUGGAAGAUGACCUGUGCAGGACAAUCCCCUGUGUGCUCGAAUUUUCCAAAGCAUCUUCCAGCAUUCCUGCAUCUGUGGACUAUGGGCUCAGUGCAAACCUCAACAUCUCUGCAGCUGGGAGUGAACCCAGGGUUUCCACAGGUGGAGACGCAGGGGACAGAGUCCUCACCAUUGGGAGCCCCGAGGAACAAGACUGUGUCCUGCUGGCCCACAAGACACUCAGAAGGGACAACAGGACGGACUCGUUCUACAAAGCUCUAGGAGAGCGGGAAGGCGCUGUCUCAAGGGAGAACACUGAGCUCUCUGUGACAGACCUGACUCAGCACUCAGAACACCGCACUGCAGGAAGUCUCGGGGCUGGAGAUACUGUGACUUUGACCUGCACCGUCCAAGGCUCCUGCAAAGACGACGAAGCUUUCCUGUCCCGGACCGGUCCCAUCACGUCUUCCAACACCAUUGCCUCGCGACACUCCCCCCAAGAGGUGCUGGUCACUGCGAAGCCUGAGGACCAGGGUGCCACUCUCCCGUGCCGCCUGAAUUUCUCCCUACUAAACCUGUCCAGGAGCAGCACGGUCAAGAUGCAGCUGUUCUCACCCACCAAGCUGCUCAACUUCUCUUGUCUGCUGAGGAAGAAUCCGAGGUGCAGCACUUCCUUCCACGGGAUCCCCACACCCUCUGUGGAGUGGUGGGUGGACGACGCCCCUGUGAGUGCAAACAGCACGGACAUCAUCCUCCAGGUGACCUCCACCAUGCUGGCCCCCUGGGCCAACAGCACCAUCCUCCUGAUGUGGGAGCCAGAAAUCAUCAGGAGACUCCGUUGUGAGGGGAGGAACCAAUACAGAGUUCAUGCCUUCAGAGUCCUCCUGAUUCCAAGUAAGAACUCCGUGUCUAGAGUGUUCCUGAAAGGUCUGAUCCAAGGCACUGUGUGUGGCGCCAUCGCAAGCAGCUUGCUCUUCUUCUUCCUCAUCAUACUGGUAUGA